GGGAACGCACUAAACAUCUGAUCCAUCUAAAAAAAAGAUGGGUUAAAAAUAAAUUUGCUGUUACUGAUUGAUGUGUAGUUAACCGUAGAAAUAUCCUAGUCAUAAACCAAAUUUGAACUUACUAAUUCUCACUUUUCAUUUCUUUACAAUACAGAUGUCAUUGUGACUUGGAAAAACACUAUGGAGGGAUGGUUUCCCGGACAGGGAUAAGCUUAAGCCAGGACUAGGCCUUAGUUUAAUUAGGAAAUAUAACUAGUUUUAACAAACAUGCCUUACUAAAAACAUUAUUGGCAUGCAUUUUGAGGCAAAAUGUAUUUUAAGAUAUUUAUUGUUUGGACAGCUCUUACAUUUAUUUUAGUCUAGGACUAGUUUAAUCCCUGUCUGUGAAACCGCUCCAUAAUGUGUAAGGCACAUCAAACAAGUGAUCUUGAGAUGUCAAACCUCUUCUGGAGAGAAUCGGUCUGCUUGUGUUGUUAACACUUGUGUCAAACUGAUGGGAGAGAUAAGAUUUUGUUUAAUAUUUUUGAAAUGAUCUAAAUGUUCUUAGCAAAGGCUUAUUGGACGUAUCCGCCAUUAUUAUGAUUUAACUCACAAGUCCGUUUUCAGCGUCCCCUUUCCUUCUGCAUCAAACACUUUGAAAGCAUUCAGGAUCGUCUCUUCUGCAUCCGCUCCUAAUGAUGAGAGAGGUUUGAGCACUCGUACCAAAACUUCCCAAAACGAAUUUGCACAGAAAUCCUACUGGAAUUUUCUGUAAUAAUUGGAGCCAAUCCUAAUGGGAACUUUCAUAUAGGCUAACACGAUCUUUCCGAGCUCAUUGUUCCCAGUAGGGCUAUUACGAGUUCCAAUAGGAUGAAAUGACUGAAAGAAAUUACAUUUCUAAAUUACUUCAAACGUUAAAGUAACAGUGAUGCUUGCCUUAUCCAAACAGUAGGAUGAUAAGAUCCUGAAGUUCUGGCAGGAUUCAUUUUGACUUGGGAUUGUUUGUUUGAAUUGUUUUCACUACACCAUUUACCUUUUAGCUUCUCUCCAAACAUGGUAAGGAAGACGGUAAAGUUGAUGGGUCCUGGUGCCUCCUUCAGCAUCUCAUCGAUCUCCUCUUGUUUGACGUUCAGACGGCCUGUGGAGACAGGUCAGAGGUCAGAACCGCUGUCAGAAAGAUCAUUCGGCAACCACGCUAAAGGACAGCGACACACAGCAGAGAUUACCUAAAGCUGCGAACGUGUCCCGCAGGUCAUUCUUGUCGAUAAAGCCAUCUCUGUUCUGGUCCAUGAUUGUAAAAGCCUGAGGCAGAUAAAAGAGAGAGAAUAAAGUGUGAGAGAGACAGGGACACAUUGUGUCUGUUGAAUGGUCUGUGGGGACCAUUUGGAACGUGACAGAUGUGCUUAAUAGGUACUUCACAACAAUGCCAUAGAACAGAGGUGCCAAAGUUAACCCGCAAUGACCUUUAAUUUGCCCCGUCAUGCCAGGUUUGUUAUUCCCAGAUAACAACCCUUGAAAACUACUAACACACGGUAACCCGGAUGCUGCAAAUCAUUUUGACAGUUGCUUUGAGACCAGAGACGACGUCUGUCCUGCUGCAUUUUCCACACACGUUCUGUAGGCUUGACAGCAGGCCUUGCAGUGGAAUCCCCAGGGAAAGAGACAUGUUGGUCGCCCUAAGACCACCUGGAGAUGAUCCUGCGAAGAGGAAAUGAAGAAGUGCAUCCUGUCAUGGGGUGAACUGAAAAAGGCUGCAUUGGAGAGCUGUUGUUGAAGCCCUUUGUUCCACAUGGAAUCCAAGGAGAUAAGUAAGCAUUUUGAGGGAGCUCAAUUCAGUGGCGGCACAGCUAGCAGGACGACAGGAAGAGAGCGAGGACUCCCAUAAGCACCUGGUCGAACUGAGCCGUGAAUUCAAGAAAAAUGUGCCAGAGGAGGUGUUGGAGAUGGUUUCUCCUGUUCUCAAAGGUUUUCAAGCUCAGGUGGUUGCAUUGAGCCAGCGCAGUAAAGAGGCGGAGUCUGCAUUCCUGGGAAUAUAUAAACAGCUGAUCGAGGCCCCAGAUCCGACUCCACUGCUAGAAGCCACACAUUCGCUGGGAGAACGUCUGGCAGAACUGAAACAUUCGACUUCUGAUGGUGAUGCCGUGAUCUCGGAGAUCUCUACCCACCUGAAAAGACCUCUUCAUUGCCUUGAUAAAGCAGAAGACAGUGAGUUGGACUCUGUUACCAUAGAGACAGGGCAGGCGUCCACAUAUCGGUCCCAUAUGAUGACACCAAACAGUGUACAGAACACACAGGAUGAUGACACGCCGCUUAACAGCCAUCAUAAUCAUGAUAACGGGGAGGAACAUGAAUCAGACACGGCUCUGCCCGGCCAAGCUGAGGAGCGAAUCAAAGCCCUUCAGUCAUCGUUGAACUCGGCCCGAUCGGACCUGCAGGAAAUGAGGUGUAAAUACGACAAAGAAAUGGUGGCAAAGGUGGUGGAGAUGAACUCGUUGAUGGCAGACCUGGAGAAGGCCAACCAGCGAGCAGAUGUUGCCCAGAGGGCGGUAGAGAGACUGAGAGAGCAGCUUGCCCAAUCUCAGAGCACUUCUAAAGGGACCGACCCAUCAGAAGAUGGACCCAAAGAGGAGAGAGACGCAGAUGAGAAGGACGAACGCUCGCUGUCGCGGCUGGAGGCGGUGCUCUUCUCCAAAGACAGAGAGAUUCUCAGACUGCUCGAGAGCAUCCAGAGACUUCAGUUCACCUUACAGGAAGUUCAGGACUCGUCAGCCAAUCAGAUUGCGGAGCUGGAGCAACAAUUGUCAUAUAAAUCAGAAGCUAUAGAGGCCCUGGAAACUAAACUGCAGUCUCAGAUGGACUAUGAAGAGAUUAAGACAGAACUUAGUAUUCUGAAAGCAAUGAAACUGGCAUCGGCCAAUGGAAACUCAUCACAGGAAUCAGGAAAAACUGCUGAUGCACUACUGCUGGAUAAACGCACAUUCCUGCCAUCACACAAAUAUCUUGACAAAGUCAGAGUGUUACACAACAGUGAUGAGGGUCAUUCGGAAGACCCCAGCAAGGACACGGGUCGCCCCUCUGGAUCAUAUUCCUCCCCUCCUGGAACGCUGCCCAUAGAUGGCCGUGCUUCCUCCAGCCCACUACCGCCCAACUCAGACGCACCUUCCUCUGCCCAUGAUCUGCCCCGUCCCUUCUCUGUGUCGCCCUUCUCGGGUGAGAAACUUCCUGGAGAUCUUUUGCAGAAACAGCUCCUGUCGCCCCUCUUCAAGAAAGAUGGCACCUCCAUCAUGGCGUUUCCCACCGCGCUGUACGCUGCCAAAGCUGCCCUCAUGUCAGCCAAUCAGAACUCGUCUACGUCUGCCGGGGUGGAGACAGCCAUGCCAAGCGACCAAUCGGAGAGCGGUAGCUCAGGCGGAGGAGACGAUGACCAGGUGGACACGGCGGAAAUCGCUUUUCAGGUGAAAGAACAGCUGCUGAAGCACAACAUCGGUCAGCGUGUGUUCGGGCACUACGUACUGGGCCUGUCGCAGGGUUCGGUCAGUGAGAUCCUGGCUCGACCCAAACCCUGGAGAAAACUGACGGUUAAGGGCAAAGAGCCUUUCAUUAAAAUGAAACAGUUCCUGUCGGACGAGCAGAACAUUCUGGCUUUACGCACCAUACAGGUUCGGCAGCGAGGGAGCAUCACCCCUCGCAUCCGAACUCCUGAAACUGGGUCAGACGAUGCCAUCAAGAACAUCCUGGAACAGGCCAAGAAAGAGAUCCAGUCUCAGAGAGGUGAUUGUAAAUCAUCUCUGGGCUCUUCAUCAGGUCGUAACAGUUCUAGAGAAAGCAGCAGUUCAGAUGAAACCAUCAAGAGCAUUUUGGAACAGGCCCGGCGAGAGAUGCAGGCCCAGCAGCAGGCCCUGCUGGAGAUGGAGGUGUGCGGUCGCGCGUCCACCAGCGAGCGUCUCGCCCUGCAAGAUCCCGCUAGGGUUCAGGGUCAGCCUCCACCCACACCUCCCUUCAUCAAACAGGAAGAGGGCACCCCCGUGCCGGUGUGCUUGUCCAAUUCGACUAGCGGCCCUCAGACGCCUCUCAGCGUCCUGUCGCCCGCCGCGUUCGUGCAGAACAUCAUCCGUAAGGUGAAGUCGGAGAUCGGCGAAGCAGGCUCGUAUUUCGACCAGCACUGGUCUGCGGAGCGCGGCGCGGUCGUUUUGGGCACCCCUGGCACCUCUCACCCUUUCACCUCUGUCUCACCCUCACUCUCCUCCUCCUCUUCAACCGGUCACUCGGCCGUGCCUCGGAGCUGGCCGCGGAUGGAGAACGGGGACUGUCCUGCCAAUGGAGAGGAAGCUUCUGCGCCAGAGGACGAGCCCGUGCUGGGGCGGCCGGUGGAGAUUAAGGUGGAGUCCGAUUCGUCCGGCGGCGGGGAGACUCCUUGUGGUGCCGGACGGGUGUCUUAUUACCCCACCUACAUCCCACGAGCCCUGAAACCUACAGUACCGCCGCUGACCCCAGAGCAGUACGAGAUGUACAUGUACCGCGAGGUGGACACCAUCGAGUUGACCCGGCAGGUGAAGGAAAAACUGGCUAAGAAUGGAAUCUGCCAGAGGAUCUUCGGAGAGAAGGUGUUGGGUUUGUCUCAGGGCAGCGUGAGCGACAUGUUAUCCAGACCGAAACCCUGGAGUAAACUUACACAGAAGGGAAGAGAGCCGUUCAUACGCAUGCAGCUAUGGCUGGUGGAUCAGCUGGGUCAGGGACUUAACCAGCUGCCCAACCAGAACCAGGAUAAGAGCCCAGUGACGACCCGCUCGUCUCCGUCUCCUCCACCGAGUCCUGAUGACAGAACAAACAUGACCCUGGAGAGAGCGAGUCUCGCCCUGGAGAGUAGUAAGGAGAACCAACAGCCUCAGCAUGUGGAACAUCACGGAGGUAAAGCACCACCUGGAAUGAUCGUCCCCCAACAGCCACACACGCCGCUGGGCAUCCAGGAACUGGUGGCAAUGUCUCCAGAGCUGGACACAUACGCCAUCACCAAGAGAGUAAAGGAAGUCCUGACGGACAACAACUUGGGUCAGCGUCUGUUUGGAGAGAGCAUUCUGGGAUUGACUCAGGGUUCAGUAUCAGACCUGUUGUCCAGACCCAAACCCUGGCAUAAACUCAGUCUGAAGGGCCGCGAGCCAUUCGUCCGCAUGCAGCUGUGGCUCAACGAUCCGCAUAAUGUCGAGAAGCUGCGUGAUGUGAAGAAAAUGGAGAAGAAAGCCUAUCUGAAGCGGCGAUACGGUCUGUUGAGUCCGGGCUCUGACAGCGAUUCUCCCGGCGCUCAUUCCGACUGCAUCAGUCCGGGUUUGACCCAGCUGGAGAUCUGUCCGUUCAGUCAGGCGAAGAAACCCAGAGUGGUGUUGGCUGCCGAGGAGAAGGAGACUUUGAGAAGAGCGUAUCUCCAAGAGCCAUACCCUUCACAACACACCAUUGAGAUGCUGGCUGCCCAACUCAACCUCAAAACCAACACUGUCAUCAACUGGUUUCACAACUACAGGUCCCGUAUGAGACGGGAAGUUCUCAUGGAGGGACUGCAAGACAAUGACACGGAUGCCGAGCACAACAACUGUUCUCCUCUGGCAUCCCAAAGCCCCAUCUCUGAUCGUGAAGAUAGGAAGCAGCUCUCCGCCAACCGCCCUCUCAGCGCUGAUCCCCGAUGUUUCGCAGUCAAACAAGAAGUAAACGAUCAGGAAGAAGACGAGGACUUCCGUCUGAGACAGAUGAAGUUCUUUUCUCAGCUGAAAAGCGACCCGGACCGUCUCCAGGGCGUCAGGGAUGAGGAACCGGGCCGCAGUCAGGGUCACAUUCCGGCCGAGGGGACGCAAAGGAACAGCUUGGUUGAGGAGCUGGAGAAGUCGUCCGAGGACCCCGUCAGCUUCAAGGCUUCGUCCGAGCCGUCGCGCGGCAGUCUGGAGGUGUCCCUCAACUCGCCCUCGGCCGCGUCCUCGCCCGGCCUCAUGAUGUCCGUUUCGCCCGUCCCAUCAUCUUCCGCCCCCAUUUCCCCAUCGCUGCCCGCCAUCAGCACAAACCCCAGCCAUCAUCUGCCCAACUACGGCCUUGAGUCACCGUCGCUCAACGUCAAACUCAACAAAAGCACUCAACGGCGCAACGAGAAGAUGGCCAACCUCAACAACAUCAUCCAUCGGCUGGAACGAGCCGCCAACAGGGAGGAAACGCUCGAAUGGGAAUUUUAAAGUCGGAGUGUAAGAACCCUCGCGGGGAGCUCGAAAACAUUAUCGUCUGAAUUUUAAAAAAGCAGACUAAUAUUUAUAAACAUGUUUUAGGUAUUUUGAUAAAAUAACUUUGAAAUCUAUGUGACAGCACUAGCUAGGCUUCGUUCUAAACAACGAUGGAGAGAAAACACGUGGAGACUUUUCAGCUACAGUGUCAUGAAAUGCACACUGACGUCUGGUAGAUUGCCACUGGGUGAGAUUAUUCGAAUAAAAGACCUCUGUCUUAAGCCAUCAAAAGCACUACUUAUUUAAAAAAAGACUAAACGAAAUAGAGACAAUGACCAAAUUUGCUAAUUUUUAAAUAGCAGUUUUUCCAACUUUUGUCUGUAAGACGGGACAUCAAAGUCAAGUGAUGUGCGACAGCUUCAUAUUGACCGAGGGAUAGUCCUAAAAGACUCUAAAUAGUGAACACUGCAUAUGUAUUUAGUUUUUUCGGUGACAUGUUUUUGAACUUUUGUUAUACAAGCGUACAACGUGGGAUUGUGUGUGUUGUAGAAAAAAUAUCGUCUGCAAUAGCCUUCUGAACAAGAUGUAGCAUGGAACAGAAUUUACCCUCGAUUUCCUCUUUAGCUAGUAACCUGUGAUAUACUUGAGAGAUACUACAAAAAAAAGAGAGAAAAACUUCUCAGCAAAAAACAAGAAAAAAGGAAAUGUAAAAAAGUCCAAUGAUAGAAACGUUUUUUAUUUGGUGAACGACGUGUCAUUUUACAUACUUUCAGGUUUCAUAUCCUUACCAUACAUUUACCUCUCUAUCCCUGAAAGCUUAUCUCUCACGUGCACAUGCACGCACACGGGCUGGUGUGGUUUCGGGUACCUGUACUUCCCAAUACACCACCACUGGUCUGAUAUGUAAUGUGUGUUUGCGUUGGGAACAAAGACCCCGGAUGGAGGUGUGGGGUGGGAAUUGUAAGCAUGUAUAUAUUUUGAUUGAUCAUUAAUGCAGUUGUGGAAAGUGUGUGGAAACUUACAGUACAGUACGCCAUGCUUUCUGUCCAUCUUUUUUUCUCCUGCAUGAGUUUUGUGUCUCAGCAAAGUUCUUGAC